CCCGCUACGUGGCGGACGUUUCGCCGUAGCACUCGCAUAGACCUUGACAUAAAUAGCGUUAUCUUACGCGAUUUGUUUCGGUUGUGAAAAGGAUUCAAUAGAUGUUGACUUUAGUGCUGUGAUUGUGGACUGACUGACGGUUGUAAGAACAUUCUGGAAGGUUGAAUUCGGAAAUGCGCUGACAAGGAUUCAUAAAAAUGGCCGCAGGCGCACUUUUGAUAUUGGCCCUUUUCUUUACCGCUACUGCGGCUAAAUGCACUACAGGUUUCUCCGUGGUGGCGCCAGAAGUAGCUGUACCAGGCAAGACGACAGCUAUCCUGGUGACGCUCCACGGCAGAGCUGGUGACGAGGUAGACCCCCUGAACGUGACGGUACGCCUCGAAACACAAGACUCCGAUAAUGAUGUGAAACUGCUCACAAGCGCAAGCCAAAUGAUUACAGGUUAUGGUAUAAUAACGCUGAAGAUACCACCCUCCCCAAGAUCCAGCUGCACCCUUCACACCACAGUGGGGUGUGUGGGCAAUGAAGAGUGUACUGCUAAGAGCCAUAGCGUCAUCAAGCUAUUGGGUCCAGUCCGGGAUGUGAUUGUUAGACCAGCUCGACACCAUUACAGGCCGGGAGAGACAAUAACAUUUUGGAUCUUGGCCCUGGAUCACGACUUGCGGUUGGUUCGAGAUGAAAUAGCUUACGUGGCGUUGAAAAACCCAGCCGGUACCAAAGUUGCUAUUUGGGACCAACUCUCCAUGGACGAAGGGGUCCGAAAAUUGAACAUCAUAAUAGCUGCCGGUGCCCAAGCCGGCACAUGGACUAUAGAAGCCACGUGCGGCGGAGGCUCCACCCGCGUUGACGUCACAGUCGGUUCGGGGUCGGGGGUCACGACCCCCGCGACCCCUGCUGCUGAGCAACAUUAUGUGGAGCUGAAGUUCGCGGAUAGUAUGCGCAGGAGAUACAAGCCGGGGCUGCCUUUUGUCGGUCGGGUGGAAGCAGUGAGCACCGAGAAACGUGUCCGAGUACGGGUCAAGUUGUAUGACGACAAAACUGAUAUUUACAGUCAAGACAUCGAUAUGUCAACAGGGGAAGGAGGCUUCAUUGUACCGACGGUCAUGGCUGACGCGCCGUAUGUUAAUUUACAGGCGGAAUUGGUAGCAGUGGAGGGUAAAGAAAUCGAAACUCACUACGUAUUAGCGCGGGAAAGAAUCCGUCGCUGGAAUUCCACGUCAAAGUGUUAUCUCCUCGUGGAAAACUUACCAACUCCUUUGCAAGCGGGUGGCAUAGCGAGCGCGAGUAUAUGGUCCUCAUGCGGGUGUCGCCAGCGACUGCUCGCCGCCGUGACGAGCGGCGGGCGGGCGGUACACUGGGCGGCGGUACCAGCGCCUAACAAUAACCAUACUGACUUGUGCAGGUUCAAUUAUACGUUCCCCGUCACGGCCGACAUGGCGCCGGUUAGCUCCCUCCUGGUGUAUUACGUCACGGAGACCGGCGAGCCAGUCAGUGACGUAGCGAGCUUUCAUGUUAGACUGCUGCAUAAAGAGGUGGCGGUCGCAGUUGAAGAAAGGCGCUGGUGGUAUCCCAGGGCGAGUCUCCAAUUACGCGUCCUCGCACCCCCCGAUUCUUUGAUGUGUUUGAUUGGAGCCAGGACUCCAGUUGAUUCGCGCUUCGAUGCUCAUUUGUCACCGGCGGACCACGAGGACGCCCCUCUGCCGGAGUUCGUAUCCGCCGGCGUGUCGCUGUUCGUCGGCGGCGGCGCGUGCGGCGGCGGCGCGCUGUACCGCCAGCCGGUCGCGGCGCGCGCCACCGCGCCGCUCGUGCCGCCCGCCGCGCACGACCGCCUGUGGAUGUGGAAGUGCUUCAAUUACACGGCUCAGCUAUCAACCGACGGUGUGACGAUCUCAGCGCCCUCAGAGGCGGGGCGCUGGUCGCUGUGGGCGCUGUCCCUCUCGAGCCGAGGCCUUCGCUUCUCCGCCCCCAAAACGAUCAACGUGUUCCGCCCGAUACAACUUGACUUUACAUUGCCACCAGCUCUGAAGGUCGGCGAGACUGUGGAAGUCGAUGUCAAGAUCACAAACAACAUCAAUAAUUGUAUGGACGUGACGGCGCUGCUAGCGCUAAGCGCGGGCGCCGCUUUCGCCAGCACGGGCGCCCUGUACGUGACCGAGCGGCUGCGGCUCGGCCCGCGCGGCGGCACCCAGCUGGUCGUACGCGUGGCAGUCAACACGCCUGGCAGGAAGAAUAUUACUGUGGAGGUGACCGGGUACAGCGCGGACAACUGCUCCAUAUCUUACACUUCUUUCAACAACGAGACGCUGGUGGGGUCCGUCAUCCGGUCCGCCAGCGUGCUGGUGCUCCCCGAGGGCUUGCAUAGGAGCGACACGCAGAGCGCCUACUUCUGUGCUAAUGAACAGCUAGCGGUGUCCUCCCGCGGCUCGUGGGAGUGGCAGUGGGUGCCGGCGCCGCGCAACCGCGCCGGGCUCGUGCUGGAGCUGCGCGCGCGCGGCGCCGCGCACCUCGCGCUGUCGGCCGCGCCCGAGCCCAAUGACGACAUGUACAGGGUGGUGUUCGAGCGGAGCAGCGUGUGGAUCGCCAAGGGGAAGCAUGGCUACGACGUGCACCUGGCGCGCGCGGAGCAGCCGGCGGCGGGCGCGUGCGGCGCGGGCGCGGGCGGCGCGGGCGCGGGCUGGUGCGCGUGGUGGGUGUGGUGGGAGGGCGGACGCCUGGCCGUGGGGUGCGGCGCGGCGCCGCCCGCCCGCCCGCUGCUCGCGUGGCCGCUGCCCGCGCCCGUGCGCGUGCUCUACGUGGGCUUCGCCGCGCUGUGGGGGGACGAGGCGGACUUCCGAAUAUGGAACUUCAACGAAGAAGCGGGCUUCUCUCAAGUCUUAGAACUAGGUCUUCCCCAUGGCGUAGUUCCAGGAUCAGCUAGUGGCAUGCUAUUAGUCUCUGGAGGUCUGCACCUGCCUCUAUACAAUCUGGGAACUGAUUCGUCUGACCAAUGGUCAAACGUUUGGAGAGACUCCCAAUUAUCAGCCGCAUCAGCUAGCUUAGCUCCACUGUUAGCUUUGGAACACAUUCCUCAUCUAAUUGAGGAUGCGGAAAAGGAGAGGAUUCUAAAAAAGCUUCCAGAACAGGUACAAAUUCUUCUAUCGUUCCGAAAGAACGACAAUUCAUUUAGCGACCACCCAGCCGUCACAAGCCACAUCUCGACUAUCAAAAUACUAGAAAUUCUAACCAAAAUACAAUCUUACUAUCCAAUUGACCCAGCGCUGCUACAAUCUAUAAAAGAAUGGGUGCAGAAACGACAAAACCCAGACGGUUCAUUCAGCCCAUUACCAGCUGAUAAGGAAGUCGAUUACUAUCCAGUGGAUGUGAAAAAGAUUAAUAAUACCGAAUCAGACAUUGACGUCAAUGAAUAUUAUUAUUACGAUAAAGAUGGGAAUAUGACUGAAGAGAAGAUCAACGCGGAGAGAAAGGUGGAAGUCACUGCGGAGACUUUGACGACGUUGCUUGAAAUUGGUGUUGAAAAUCAGUUAGACGCAGAUGUCGUUCAGAAGGCACAGGACUAUUUAGAGAAGCAUCUCCACACACUGACGUCACCCGCGGCACUCGCUGCUACUGUGCUAGCGUUGGUGAUGUCAAGAAGUCCGCUAGUACCGGAAGCGCUGGCGAUACUGCGCAACGCGUCGACCACAGAGGAGGGCGAGUUCGGUUGGCCCGCGCCGCGCAAGGACGCCGCUGAUUGGCUGCUUGAGGACACCGCUAGGAAUAUUAAGACUACUUCGUAUGAGGCGGUGUCGAUGGAGCAGUACGUGGCGGGCGUGCGCGCGCUGCUGGCGGCGUGCGCGCGCGGCGCGCUGGCGGAGGGCGAGGCGGCGGCGCGCUUCCUGUACUACCGCGCGUCCACGCUGCAGCGCCACCCGAGCCUCGCCUACCACGCCACCAAGGCCGCCGCGCAGUACGCCGCGCUCGCGCACGACCGGCACCGCGCGCUCACCGUGUCGCUGGCCACGGCGGGGAUGGAGCUCACCGACACGCUGGAGCUGCGCGCGGGCGGCGCGGGGGGCGGCGCGGGGCCGGCGGGGGGCGGCGCGGGGGGAGCGGGGGACGGCGCGGGGGGCGGGGCGCGCGCGCUGCCGCUGCCCGGGCUGCCCACCAAGGUGUUCGUGUACGCGACGGGCGCGGGCUGCGCCACCGUGCAGGGUACAAUUUCAUACUCUACGUACACACCCAAGGCAGAAAAUGCAUUACUAAGCCUACAAUCCGCGAUCAUUGAAGAGAUUCGUCCGGAGAGGAGUAGCAUUGAGGAUUUGCAAGGAAAUUUGCCAGCUUUGAUCAUCAAGACGUGUUUCAAAUGGAAAGCGAAAGAGCCGUCGGGCAUCAUACGCGUGGAGGUGUCGCUGUUCUCGGGCUACGAGGUGCGCGGCGUGUCGCCCGUCGUGGCGGCCGGCGCCUUCGCCUCGCUGCAGCGCGGCGCGCGCGGGGAGGCCGCCUGGUUCGUCUUCACCAACAUCAGUUCAACGUGUCCAGUUUGCGUUACUUACGAAGCAAGGUCCAAGUUCAUCAUCACAAGUCUGCGCCCCGCAUUCGCAAAAAUCUACCCAAUAUCUAGACCAGACUUAGCCGUAGAAACUUUCUUCCACGCAACAUACGGCAGCCCACUGCUAAGAGGUAUUACUGACGACGAUUUUAUCACUUGGUUCGGUAAGUCUGAUGUAGCUAAUCACAAAUCUACUAACAUAGACAAUAUAUGUGAAUGUGGACGGAUUUGUAGCAGAGAUUAUGAGUUCAGAAAAUCUAGCACAGUAAAAAGUUCUGAUGAAACUACCGAAAUGAGUACCUCUACAGAAUUGUUAAAAAACGAAACGGUUUUUGAUAACUAUACAUCGACUACUACUACAAUGAAUGAUAGCACAGAAGAAGCAAGUUCAACAUAUAUAACAACUGUUAUGACUGAAGGUAGUUCCACAUUUGAAACUACCACAAAGAAUAUACCAACGGAAGGACCGAUAACUAAAGACGCAAUAAGAUCGACAACUGAAAUUUUAAUAAAUACUGAAAAAGUUAAUAAUGUUGAUGCAAGUACAACAAGUGAUUUGCAAAAUUCUUCUAUCACAAAAACUGAUUUACCGAUCAUUACCCCAAUGGCAACUGUAAGGAAUUCAUCCAAAGAUAAUGAAAUCGAUAAUAGUCUUGAUCAAUUGCUUAUUCCUAAGGAUUUCAUUAUUGAAAAGCCUUUAAAAUCUAAACUGUACCUAAAGAAAGGUGAUGUAAAGAAGAAGCCUUUACCAAGAAGGAAAGGUACCCUAAAAGCAACAUACGGGGAUAAACAGCAGAAAUUCUUUACAAAAAUCAAAUCAACUAUCUCCACUACAACGGAUAUUGGAAUUACUACUGAGAGAAUUGUACAAACUACUGUGAAAGGAAGCAAAUUACAACAAACGCAAACGCCGGAAGUAACUAACAAUAUAUCAAAACAUGAUACCGACGAAACACGAAAAAGUAGUAAAUCUAGUAUUGAGGUCAAUAAAAUCACUCCAGAAAUGCAUAUGAGUACUGCAGCAAAUCAUAUAGAGACAACAACAUUACCACAUAACAUUGCAUCCAUUACACGUGCUAACAUCAAAACAAUACAUUACAGAACAAAGAAACCUAAAGCCCGAACACAAAUAUCGAAACCAGACAUAACUAAAGGUCAGAAAAAUACAACACAAAAAUCCUCGUUUGAAAAUAAUAAAACAAUUCCACAACAUGACCAAAACCAAACGAAAACAGAACGCUUGAUUAACGUGUCCAAAGUAAAACCCUUGAAAUCAAUUAAUAAGGAAAUACACAAGAUUCCGACAAUCCCUAUAUCGGAAACAUCUCAAGCUAUCAGCGAUACAAAAUCGGACAUAUUGCCGGAAAAUAAACAUGGUUUUGAAAUUCUCGACAAGAAUCAUAUUUGGGAAUUGCUCAAAGAAGACCCGGAUAAUGAUUUUGGGAAAAUCGAUGAUAAAGUUCAAGUACACAAUAUCGUUAAUACUUCAAAUGUCAAACAAAGCGACAAUCGGUCAUUAUAAACGUUGUUGUUUAAUGUUUAAGAAAGACUCCUUAUUUUUAUAACUCAUGUAUGAACGAAUCAUUAUAUAAUCUUUUCGAUGAAAGUGAUGUUGUUUGUGUGUUCCUUUUUUUAUAACAUUUAAUUGUGUGAAAGCUACAUUUUAAUUGUUAUAACUUUAUUUACUUCCAUGCAUUCUGCGUUUCUAUAACUGGUCUUAUAAAGGUUUUUGAAAUCUAUAUAUAAUAUAUAAACAUUUCACUUUUUAAUGCUUAUAUUCAACAAAUAAUUCACUUGCGAAUGUAAAGAACUAUUGUAACAAAUCAAAACACAUAAACAACAUCAUCAAUUUCAACUGAUUCCUGGCACAUCCGAUGUUUGUUAGGAUUAUGCACGAAUUCAUUGUAUUUGUAAAUAGUUAAUAUAAGAUAAUUGUGACUUAAAUAAAUGUGCUGUGACGUUCGGAUAGAUGUAAUGAUUCGUAAGUUAAACUAUAAGAUUGAUAUAACUUUUAAAUUCUGUAAACAGUUCCAAUUUUUAAUGACUGAUUUAAAAGAAACGAAUAGCUGCAUACUAACAACGGCUUUACUUAGUAAAUGAGUUGAACAUCAGAACCGACAACAGAAUUUUUAUAAAAUAAAAAGAAAUAGCCGAGCAGUAGAUGAAAGCUUCAAGCUUAUAAAUUAGAUUCUACGAAAUAAUCGAAGUUAGAAAAGCUAGAUUUUAUGAGUACACUCGGUAAUAAAGUCGCAGGAUAGUAAAGGCUGAAUUAAACUUCAAUUUCUCUUUAUAACAAUUAAAACACAAUGGCAGGCUGUUGUUGAAUAUAGUUAAUUAUUAUUUCUAUUCUAUUUACUGCUAUAUCAAUAACAUUUGUAAUAUCAAUGAAUAGUUUUCCAUUAUCAUCAAAAAACAAUUCAGCGUUACUUCAUAUGGCGACUUUUUAAUUCUUCUGGACUCUUUGGUCCCAGGAAUGUAAAGUUAGAAGGUAUAUGUAGCAAUAAAUGAGUGUAAAUAUCCUCAGUGAAGUUGCCAAAAUUAUUUCGUAGUAGUUUUCUGUAAUCCUAUGUAGACCCUUGUAGUUAUUGUAGCGUUCUAGUGUAUCUAAUGUAAUGCGAUUGCCCCAGAAUUUCCAUCCGUCUAUACUAUUCUUCUAUAUCUAUUGUAUUAAUCGUAGUAUUUUUGGCUCUGCCAGUGAGCUUGGAAAUCGUAGAUAUUUGCGAAAUUCCUUCCAGAAAAUUCUAGUACCAUCUCGAUGUUGUCGACUUCUUGAGAUGCCUAUAUGGAUAAAAUACAUUAAACUUUUCAUUGUGUCAUGUUAUUAGAGAGCCCCUAACUUAAUAGUACAAACAAAAUUGAUAAGGAUGACCCAGUUCUAAAAUAAAUUGCCUCUUUAAAAUACCUAAAAACUAACGUUCGAAUAAUUUUUACUAAGCGUGUGUCGAAAUUGCUACGGUUUCCAAAUUUAUGUGUAGUCUGCCUUUCUGUAGCUUUCCUAGAUGAUUUAUUUGUUCGCUAGAUUCAUCAUUAGUACCCUUCGUCACUUCUUCAUUAGAUCGUCAUUCAUUGUUAUUUACGUUAGUAGUAUCUAGAAGAUUUUCAAUAAAUUUAUUCUAAUAUAAGUAGUUUUACUCUUAACUUUACAUUAUGUUUAUUUCUGUAGUUGUAUCUCUUUGUUACUCUAUUACCAUUAGCUGUUACUCCCAAUAUUUUUAAUAAUAAAUUUUAAAAAUAGGCUUUUCACUUUUCUUAUUUUGCCUUUUUAUUGUGCGGGCGUUCCAUUAUUCACAAUUUGUAUUAAUGAAAAUGUGAUUCUAUCAAUUCAUUUCAGCGUUUGUAUUUUUCUAUUAAUAAUUUUUUUCUUGUCUUAUCAGAUACAAUGACAUAAUUUUAUAAAUUUUAAAUAGUAUAGUUAAAUUUUCAAUGCACAAAAUAUAGCACACACUUGAAAUUAUUUACGUUUUUGCUCAAUUUUUGAAUGUUUACUUUUCAACGGAACGCGGAUGACUGUACAUUGAAAGAAAGAAAAUUAUAAGAAUGAGGUUAAUACAUUUUAUGAUUUUAAAAUAAGUAGUAUAAGUGUAUUGAUGUAAACAUUAAAUUUUAAAUCGUGUAAAUGUACGGUUGUAUCAAAAUAGGUGCUUGUGCGGAGUUCGUCAAUUUCAAAUGUAAAUUACAUUUUGAUCGCAUAACUGAGUAUAGUUUUAAAUUGAAUGCUUACGAAAUAAGCUAGUCACUUGUUUGUAAUUAC